GUGUGGGUGCCCUUUGCAGUAGCCAGUUUGUAAUCAGCUGUCGAAGUGGGCUCUGAGUCUUAGCUUUAGUAGCUGUAUCCGAGCGGUAGCGCUCUCCUCUAACCCUGGUCCACUCAGCCACCCACACGGCCCUCUGAUCCACAGCACAGCUGCAGUAAGGUGAUGGAAGGACAGAGGGACACUCGCUAAACCUGAGCUUCACCACUACACUAACUGGCACAUGCAUGCAAGUUGCAUGCCGGUUGUGUGUAUGGGUUUGUGUGUGUGUGUGUGUGUGUAUAGUGUUUGUUGCAACAUAUGUGUGCAUGUUUGUUGAUCGAGGAAAUUGUGAUACUCUACUAAAAAGGUAAGACAACCAUCAGUCAGUUUUCUGAUCAGUGUUUUGGUUGAUGCUAUUUUUUAUGCUUGAGUAAGAUCAAUGUCGAUUCAAAUGCAAUGAAAUUAUUGUUUUAUGAGAUUUCUAUAUGUACUUAAACACCAAUUUUAUAGUUUAUGUACAUCUACAAAAUGUGCGUUAACACAUCUUGCAGAGAAGGCUUGUGGUAUUGCAAAAAAUGAUUAUUUGUUAUGAUAAUGCAUGAUACAUCAUAUGAUGACAAAAACCUUAAAAGUAUUCUAAAUUGAUCAGUUUACAACUUAUCAAUAUUGAAUGUGUACAAGGAAAAACUAUCAAUAGUGAUUGUAAAACCCAUAUUGCUUCCUUUUGUUAACUAUUUUGUGAUUUAACAUUUCUGAACAUAUAGUAGCGCCUACAAAAUGAGUUCCAAUGUAAUUUAAUUUUGUCAUUUCAUAGCGAGAUCUCGUUUAAUGUUUAAUGUUCUCGUUAAAAUAAACUAUACAUACAUCCACUCCAGAAUAUUAUAUUAUACACUUAUUCAAAAUAACUAAUUUUGGUAACUAAUUUCAAGUCCAACUGAAUGAGAUUGUAUUAUUGUAGUAGUUGACAUUAUUCAGAAAGGAAAUUAUGAAAGAGGAAGUCUAAAAUAAAUGUUGUUGCAUUAAUUCAAUGUAGCCCAUCUUUAUUGUAUACGUUUUAAUUAGGCAUUUACAGUAUAAUGUUACUGCUAGAAUAAGAGCAACAUGUUCAGUCACCACACAGUACUUUAUGAUUGGGUUUGUUAUUAACCGGUGUUGUUGUGUUUUUAGCAGUUGGUGUGAUUAUUUGCUAUUUUAUUUUACCUCAGCCUACACAAAACAUAACAAUCUUUGAGAAGUAUUUAGGCUGUCACAUAAUAAGAUAACCAGGCCAUACAGAAUGCAUGUUCUGACUCAAAGUAAUCCACCUUGUCAUACAAAUACGCCACCGAUAAUUCAGAACACCUGCAACAUGUCGACAUCACAUGUAAUCUAAUCCCAUCAAUGUUUUUCACGCCAUGUGAUACUGUAAAAUGUUAGGUUUUGCAGUGAGUGCUGAGUGUGUCGUAUUAGUGUGUAUGAAUGACUGUGGUACAGCGUCAGUGCUGGGUGGGCCAGUGUUUCUCAGCUGAAAGGAGUCGACCGAGGUAGAGGGGCAUGCAUACAGUUACAGUAGUAAGACUGGCUAUGGAUAGAUCUCUUUUCUGGAGAUUGUGGUUGUGAUUCACCCUUUAUUUAACUGUCAGAUUAAUUAUUAGGAAUGGCUCGAUAAACACGUUGGUAAAAACAAAAGUGACCUCAAAAUGAAGCUCUGUUGUCUUGGUAUAAUCUUGGUACAGUGCAUUCGGAAACUAUGCAGACCCCUUCCCUUUUUCCACAUUUUGUUACAGCCUUAUUCUAAAAUGGAUUAAAUAAAAACAUUUCCUCAUCAAUCUACACACAAUACCCCAUAAUGAUGAAGCAAAAACAGGUUUUUAUAAAUGUGUAUAAAAAACUGAAAUACCUUAUUUACAUAAGUAUUUAAACCCUUUGCUAUGAGACUCAAAAUUGAGCUCAGGUGCAUCCUGUUUCCAUUGAUCAUCCUUGAGAUGUUUCUACAACUUGAUUGGCGUCGACCUGUGGUAAACUGAAUUGAUUGGACAUGAUUUGGAAAGGCACACACCUGUCUAUAUAAGGUCCCACAGUUAACAGUGUAUGUCAGAGCAAAAACCAAGCCAUGAGGUCAAAGGAAUUGUCCGUAGAGCUCAGAGAAAGGAUUGUGUCGAGGCAUUGAAGGUCCCCAAGAACACAGUGGCCUCCAUCAUUCUUAAAUGGAAGAAGUUUGGAACCACCAAGACUCUUCCUAUAGCUGGCCGCCCAGCCAAAACUGAGCAAUCAGGGGAGUAGGGCCUUGAACAGGGAGGUGACCAAUAACUCGAAGGUCACUCUGACAGAGCUCCAGAGAUACUCUGUGGAGAUGGGAAAACCUUCCAAAAGGACAACCAUCUCUGCAGCACUCCACACAAUCAGGCCUUUAUGGUAGAGUGGCCAGACGGAAUCCACCCCUCAGUAAAAGGCACAUGACAGCCCGCUUGGAGUUUGCCAAAAGGCACCUAAAGGACUCUCAGACCAUGAGAAACAAGAUUCUCUGGUCUGAUGAAACCAAGAUUGAACUCUUUGGCCUGAAUGCCAAGCGUCACAUCUGGAGGAAACCUGGCACCAUCCCUACGGUGAAGCAUGGUGGUGGCAGCAUCAGGCUGUGGGGAUGUUUUUCAGCGGCAGGUACUGGGAGGCUAGUCAGGAUCGAGGGAAAGAUGAAUAGAGCAAAGUACAGAGAGAUCCUUGAUGAAAACCUGCUCCAGAGCACUCAGGACCUCAGACUGGUCAACGACCCUAAGCACAGAGCCAAGACAACGCAGGAGAGGCUCCGGGACAAGUCUCUGAAUGUUUUUGAGUGGCCCAGCCAGAGCCCGGACUUGAACCCAUCCAACCUGACAGAGCUUGAGAGGAUCUGCAGAGAAGAAUGGGAGAAACUCUUAUGGGGUAUUGUGUGUAGAUUGAUGACAAAAAAAUUAUAAAAAUUCAUACAUUUUAUAAUAAGACUGUAACGUAACAAAAUGUGGAGAAGGUCAAGGGGUCUGGAUACUUUCCGAAUGCACUGUAUAUACUGUAUAGUGUGUUUUCAUCCGUGCAUCGCCAAUAAUUGUUUGUUGUGAAUUGUGCAGAGGGAUUGGAUCAUUACAUUCAUUAACCCAUGGCUCUUUGAUUGUCAGAUUUUAGACAGAGAGAGACAGAAACAGAGAGAGAGAGAGAUGAUUGAGCUGGGCCUUGCAGAUGGCAGUCUGAUCGAUGAACUGAUGAAGCUGACGGCUCAGAGCCUGAGCCACUUGGUGAUCAAAGAGCACUUCAACAUUAUCAAGGAGAUCGGCCGGGGGAAGUAUGGCAAAGUGCUGCUGGUCACCCAUCGCUGCAGGGGUAAGUAGCCCACUCAUAGUUUAAAAGUCUGAAAUACUAAGGGCUUUCCUUUGGUUCAAUGACAAAAUGAAAAAAUUAAUUGAUUUCAUGUAGCUUGGAAAGUGGCAGAAUUUUAAAAAAUCAAAUUACCCUUAGAAUUUGUUUCAUAGUGUACUGCCAAUACUGGAUCUAAUGCUGGUGCUAAUAUAAUUUAUACCGUCUGCUAUCUCAAGUGUUUUCUGGCCAUAAACAUCUCUUAUGGUCAUAACAUUUUGCCAAGUUGUUAUAAAACAUAAAAAUAUGGAUGUUUUGCAGGAACACCGAUGGCUCUGAAAGUGAUGCCAAAAGCUUCCACCAAGCUCCAGGGAUUCUUACGGGAGUACUGCAUCUCCUUGCACCUAUCCUGCCACCCCUGCAUCAUAGGUCUCUUCGGAAUCGCCUUCCAAUCCAAUGAGCACUAUGGCUUUGCCCAGGAGCUUGUAAUUGGGAGGGACCUUUUUGCCGUCAUCCAACCAAAAGUACGAUUGUGUUUGAUUUUGAUAUAGAAAAUCUGUGACCUAAGUACAUAGUGUUUUAGAAUUCAAUCAAGAUGAUUAGUGAAUAUUGUCAAUGUAUACCCUUUUGAGUAUCCAUAAGCGCAAUGUACUGUUAAAAAUGGUCCAUAUGCACUGUACAGUCUUCUAAUUCACGUUAGACAAGUCUCAAUGACCACAAAGCUCUAACAGUUUCCAAUCCUCUGCUCCCAGGUGGGUAUCCCUGAGAGUGCAGUGAAGCGCUGCGUCCUGCAGAUUGCCAGCGCCCUGGAGUUCAUCCACGAGCACAGCCUGGUCCACCGCGACAUCAAACCUGAGAACAUCUUGCUGCUGGACAGCCACUGCUGCCGGGUAAAGCUGGCCGACUUCGGCCUGGCCCAGACGAGAGGCACUCUGAUUCGCUUCAUCUCCGGCACGCUGCCCUACAUGGCCCCAGAGCUGUGUGCCUGUAGCCCUGGAGGAGGGCCAGAAGGAGGUGACAGCGCCCCCGCUUAGUGUGGAGCCCAGCCUGGACACCUGGGCCUUCGGAGUGGUCAUCUUCUGCAUCCUCACCGGCUACUUCCCCUGGGAGCGCUGUGUGGCCUCAGACGACUUCUACCAGGAGUUUGCUGAUUGGUGCCAGGCACCCACCGUGGAGGAAGUUCCACCCCUGUGGAAGAGAUUCACCCCAGCUGCCAUGGAAAUGUUCAGCAGGCUGUUGGAGCUGGAUGCUAAGAACAGAUGCACGGUAGGGGAGGUCAGGUCCUAUGUGGAAAAGGACUGGGUUUUGCCAACGCUGGUGGACACAAACGGACUGCAACCGGAGAAUGGCAAGGUCAAUGCCACCUGCUCCACCCCUGGUGUGUGUAGGAGUAGUCCUGUCCAUGAGGAGGUGGAGUAA